AGAAACAUUAAUUAUUGAAAUAAUAAAUAUUAUUCAUGUUUCAUUCGAAAUUCAAAUAUUUUGUCUAACGGAAAAAGAAAGCUUCGAGGAGAAACAUCGCUCACGCUCUCUUUGACUUCCAGUAACAAAACGCUUUCUCUCUCUCUCCCUGUCUCUCUGUUUUCACACUUCUCUCGAAAGCUGGCUCUCUCGUUGGGUACACAUACACAUACUAAGGCAAGUUCUUAUCAAACCAACGGGCAAGCAGCUGGAAGCAGACAGGCAUACAGUUAAGCAGGCGUUCAGGCAACCAUUCGGGACUCGGGUGCAAGGAUAACACGGGAGCAGACAGGCAGCACUUUAUAAGGUGUAACACGAAACUGGAGCAAUUCAGUUCGUAGUUGGCAGGCGUCGCAUAAGGUUGCAACAACGAAGCAGCAGCAGCAGUGGCAGCAGUGGCAGCAGCAGUAGCAACAGCAGCAGCAGCAACGGUAGAAGAAGAAACAGGAGCAGCAGUAGUCACCUGCUUCACGGCAAUAAAAAAAAGGAAGAAAAAUUUAAAAGUGCCCACACCCCAACGAAUGAAAUAAAUAUAAAAAUAAUUGCAAACGAAACGACAAAAACAAUUGGAAAAUCAACAAAUGAAAUACGCAAAUUAAAAAAAAAACUAUCUCCUACUGAAUGCUGACCGUGAAUCUGCUCUGAAAAGAAAACCGUGAAAUUAAGUCGCCAGCCACAGGACGGUACGUGCAACGCAUAGCAAAAGGCAUAGCAUUAAAAACAACUAGCACAACAACAAGUAGAAGAACAUGUAGCAUGUGGAUCAAAUAGAACGCGUAAUAGCAAGCAAACAGUGGUUGCUCUUAAUGAGGAUUGCCUGUGAGCUUGGAACUGAACUGAAUUUCAAAUUCUGGGCUGCUCUUUGGGCAAUUAAAGCACCAGCAAGAACAACAACAAUCACAACAACAACAGCAAUCAUUUUUUAAUUAAAAAACAUUACGAAUUUGAAAGCAAAUUUUAAGCUUUGCAUUUGCCAAGUUUCCGAGUGAUUAAUUUCAUAAUACCAACAACGAAGCCAGCAUACAGUUGAAGCCAAUUAAGCGAGCGAGCAAAGCUGUUACUGACUGUUAACUAUAACAACCAAAAACAAGAACAAGGAAAGGAGCGAGCAACAAAUGCCGUCAUGAGUUUCCUUAGCUCCAUGCAACAAUAUGUAACAAGUGGCAUAUCGAGUUUGGGGCUCGGUAAUCGUCGCUUCUCUCUGUCUCGCCAGGAGUCAAGUGAACAGCAGGCCAAUGCAGGUGGCAUGCCGCCACAACAGCUGUUGCCUCAACAGCCGUCACAGCAGCAGCACUUGCAGCAACAACAACAGCUGGCGCCGCAACAGCAGCAACAACAUCUGACGCCGCAGCAGCAGCAACAACAACAACAACAGCAGCAGCAGCAGCAGCUGCAGCAGCAACAACAACAACAACAGCACGGACACGCACCGUUGCAACAACAGGCGAGCAUUGGCAGCGGCCUGGGGCUAAGCGGUGGCAGCGUUUAUGGCGCACCCACACAACCAACAGCAGGUCUGACGGCAACAACAGGAGGAGGCAGUAAUUACCCCGCCGGCGGCGUCGUAAUCGGCAAUCCGAAUGCCACUAAUCCAUUACUAGGGUAUCCGAAGGUGGCAGGUAGCAGCAGUGCAGCAGGGGGCAACCCAUCGUCCGCUGGAAGCACCCCCAUCAAUUCGCGUCGUCAAUCGAGAGCCCUGGAGUGUUUGGCGCCUCCGCGUACUGGUUCAUUUCGUAGUCGGAAUUCGGCACUGCAUCAGCCAGAUCCGCCGCCGCGACCGCCGUUGGCAUUUUGCAAGCGUCGCCUCAGUUGGCCAGAGGUUGAUCCACGCUCCAACUCGGGGGUCCAGGAAACGGAUGGCUCGUAUUUUGAGAACUUUACAUCGUUGGGCUGGAAACGUGAAAAUCGUCGCAUGUCGGCAACGCGUGCGGCCGAAUCACGUGCAGAGGCUAAUCCUGAAAAUGAACGUGAUCCACCAGCGCCCGAGGAGUCCAUUGACCGCCAGGACGAAAAGGAGAAGCUCUACAUUGAGGUGUUGCACACCAUUGCCAAUACGGUAGGCGCUCCUGCGCCAGGAGGACAGUUUGCGCAUUACAAGGAUGAAAUGUAUCUGCAUGCCCAGCGCGCCUUUGGUGUCAAUCCGGAUCGUCAUUAUCGCCUGCUGCACGCCUCCGCCGAGGAUAAACCAAAGAUAAUCGUUCUGUCUGUGGUCGUCAUCGAGGCAGAUGGCCUCGAGGCGAAGGAUGCCAAUGGCUUCUCGGAUCCCUAUUGCAUGCUAGGCAUACAGCCGGACGGCGGCCCGCCCGUGUCACCGCUACCGCUGCCGCCGACUCCGCGCGCCCUUUCCGCUGAUAUGAGCGGUGGCUUUGAUAACAGUUCCACGGACUCGCCACCGCAUCGUAAGCAUAGCUUUCGUUUGAGCUUCAAGCGGCGCGAGGCUGGUCGACGGGAGCAGCGCGACUCGCUGGGCGGCCCAGUGCCGGCGAAGCUCAUCAAGGCUACAAGCAUUAAACCGCACACGCUUAGCCCCAAAUGGAAUGAAAAAUUCAAAUUCGACAUCGAUGACAUCAACACAGACACCUUCCACUUGGACAUUUGGGACCACGAUGACGAGAGCUGCGUCAUGGACGCCGUCUCGCGACUGAACGAGGUGCGUGGUGUGCGCGGACUGGGUCGCUUUUUCAAGCAGGUCUGCCAGUCGGCACGUCAGGGCUCGCAAGAUGAUUUCCUCGGCUCUGUGAAUAUACCAAUUUCGGAGAUACCCUCCACAGGUCUGGAUGCCUGGUUCAAGUUGGAGGCGCGCAGUCAUCGCAGCACGGUGCAGGGUCGCAUACGGCUCAAGCUGUGGCUAUCAACGCGUGAGGAUCGUGGCAAUGCCCCAGAAGAGAAUAAUGAGCAGCAGUUGCGUAAGAUCGAGCAGCUCCAAAUGGUUUUUAUGCAGCACGAGGUGACCACGCAUGAGCCAUCGUGGACCUGGUGCGGUGAUCUGCCCGGCCCGGCGCUUACUAUACUCCAUCAGCUGGCCGUGCAGGCUGAACUCAGUGAUCUGCAGUGUGCCAUGGCGAGAUAUGUGGCGGCAGCCAGACUAAAUCGCUCGACACCGCUGGACCCAAAGUUCCUGCACCGCCUGCUGAGUGAUGUGGAGAAGCAAUGGAAUCAGCCCAAUCAAGAGGCACUCACACGCGAUCUUGAACAAUGGCUGGCAGAGGCAAUGAAUGGCUUUGUGGAGCGUUCGUUAAAUCAGAUACGUCGUCAUCGAGAUAUCUUUCCAGCAUUGAAUCCACCGUCGCUCAUUCGCUUAGAAUUCCUGCUGCGAUGUCUGGGUCUACUGGGAUCGAUGCGAGCCUUUCGUGCCGUCUGCCCCUUUAACAAGGGAGUGCGCGGCGAGGUAGUCAAUGCAUUGCGCAAGGGCUCCAUCAUGUGGGGACAGAAUGUGCUGCGCGAAUCGCAGUGCUUACCCAAUCCAUUAUCGAAUUUCGUAACAACAUUAACCGCCGACAUCCAGCUGGGACAGACCUACUAUCAUGCGCUCUUCGACAACACGAAUGGCAUUCAGUACUUCAGUAUCAUCUACAAGCAGUAUGACGCCAUGGUUGGAGAAGAGGUAUACACACGCAUGGCUGCUGGCCAAGUGCCCGGCGUGCGGAUGAAUCUCUCGCAGUAUGCUGUACUCGAGGGGGAAGCGGAGCCGGUGGACACGAAGCCAUUCGAGUUGUUUCUGGCAUUGCAAGAAUUCUGCCAGCUGAAACGUCACCUCUCCGCUCAGCCACAGCCGCCGGAGAAGCCGUUGGCGUUGAGCAACAGCCACGAAUGGUUUAUACCGACCUUUGAACGAUGGAUGAUGAUCAGCAAAGCUAAGGCGUUGCAGCGCAUUCGUGCCGCCAUUCGCAUGGAUGCUAUUUGCGAGGGUGAGCGUAUUGUGAGGUACAGUAGCUCCUCGGUGGACACGGCCAGCACGCUACUCAACAUCAAGGAGUUCUGGAAAGUGAUCAACUGGCCCGAUGAAGAUACCGCCAUAAUGCUUGAGUCGCAGCUUAUCGAUGUCGUCUGCUCGGCGGCCAUGCACUAUUGUGAUCUCAUUCAUACAACACUGGCGGACAGCGGUUACUAUGAGCAGCAGGGUCCGUUCCGAUGCUCCGACGAUAUGUGUGUGACGGUUAAUAAUGUGGAGUAUGUGCGUCGCACACUUGCCGAGUUUCGCUCCGAUGAACAACCGUUGGAGGAGUCGGCUGACAAUCUACUGGAAUCGAGUUUAACCCACAUGGAGAAUCGCUGCGAACGCAUUCUGUCCAAGCUGGCGCCACUCAUGCAGAUGUCCCUACAGAAGGCAGUGUUCCAUUUGGCCUGGUCACCGGACUCAUUGCCUGCUAAUCAGGCGAUUGUUCCACUGCUCGAGUAUCUUGAUUGCCAUCUGGCUGCUCUGAAUAGCGCUUUGCUCACUAAGAACUUUAAUCGUUCACUGCGAUUCAUCUGGAAGACUGUACUGGGAGAAAUGUCACGGCAAAUGGAGACGGGCGAUGAGACGGACAAACCGACGCAUUUUCACAAACGUCUGUAUGAAGCACUGCAACUUCUUGUUGACUUCUUUCAUGCCGAGGGCCAAGGAUUGCUUCUAGAGUGUCUGCAUACUGAGGACUUUUGGCGAAUUGAGCAACGUCUGCAGUUCCACAAAACCGAUACAGAUCGCUUGAUUGACAUGUUCUACUUAAAUCGUUUGCGCGAGCAGCUGAUAGCUGUUAGUCCAGGGCCCUAUGGUUCUUUGGCUGUGCGCGCCUACUUCAAUCACGACUCGUUGUGCGUCGAGGUGCUGCAUGCGAGGGAUGUGGUGCCACUUGAUCCGAAUGGUUUCAGUGAUCCUUUUGUAGUUAUCGAGCUGCUACCGCGUCGCAUCUUUGUGCACUGCAUGGAACAGCAGACCAAUGUGCAUAAGCGCACGCUAAAUCCUAUUUUCGAUGAAUGCUUCGAGUUCUCUGUGACGCUGGAGCAGUGCCUCAGCGAUGGCGCCAUGAUUUGCUUCACUGUAAUGGACCACGAUGUGCUCACAGCGAAUGAUUUCGGUGGCGAGGCCUAUUUGGCACUGGGCAAUAUUCCAGGCGUCGCCGACUACAGCACCAGUGUGGAUAACUUUCAUGGGCUCAAGCAGAUUGAGCUGCCCUUGAUGCAGCAAAAGGAUAAAUGCAAUCCAAUUUUGCAAAUCCUCGAGCUGCGCAUCAAUGACAAACAGGCGCAGGACUUUGUGCGCAAACAGAAGGCCCGUUUCAUCAAUUGAUUUUAAUUCCAGGCAGCUAUAGCACUCGUGGGACUUUCUAGUGACAACAACGGUCUACAUAUACAGGCACCCAAAGCAUCACCAGGCAAAACGUCUACUACAGCUCACCAGAGGGACAGCGAUUAAGUCGGACACGGAGACGCAGAUUAAG